ACCGCAUUUAGAACAGAUAGAGUUUUUUGUGUGCGCUUGUUCAUUCAAUGUCCCGAAUCGCCAUGGCCCGCAAGCAAGCCUUACAGCCGCUGACCAUCGUUCUCUUUGGAUUGCUUUGCGUUCUGCAGCCCGUAACGUUUGUGGGCCCAGGCCGACAGCCCAACCAAAGCCAUGUGCCGCGAAGGGCGUCUGACAGCUUUGGAGAGGCCCUUCAGCUUCCUCCCGAGCAGGUGGUGCAGGCAGUGGGACAAGCUGGGCCGCGUGUAACGGCUUCUGAUGUGGCAGCAGCUGGCGGUAUGGGCUUGGAGGAGGCCAGAAAGGGCCUGGUUUCACUUGCCGCGGUUUUGGGCGCCGAAUCUGAGCUGGAGGUCUCGAAGACUGGCGAGUUGGUCUACCGAUUCCCUUCAGAUGUGAAGGCUGCCCUCUUGAAGGUCUCUGCUGCAGCUGCGGCUCGCGAGGCGUGGAGCCAAGCAAAACCUACAGUCUUCACCGUUCUGCGAGCGGCGUUUGGAGUAACCCUUUUUGCUUCGAUUGCCAUCAUUUUUUCAGCGAUUAUUGCCAUCAGCGUCAGCUCAUCAUCAUCGUCAUCAGAUCGUGAUCGCGAUGAUCGCGAUGACCGGCGCCGAAAUGAUAGCUUUGGCGGAGGCGGUUUUAGUUUUGGAUAUGUUCCCAGAUUGUAUUACGGAUCAUCGCCUUUCGAUGUGUUCUACUACCGUCCACACUACAGCUAUGACUUUUUUCACCCAAUGGGCUUCCUCGAGUCCGUCUACAGCUUUGUCUUUGGCGAUGGGGAUCCGAACAGUGGCCGUGAGCAGCGGCAACUUGCAGCUGUUGCCGCGGCUGCCCGGCGGAAUGGCGGAGUCCUGACGGCUGAGCAGAUGGCCCCAUUGCUAGACCCUCCUGAGCGACCCUCAGGAGACAGCUACAAUGUGAAUGAAAGCUGGGUGCUGCCAGCCAUUUCCCAGCUCAAUGGCCGACCAGAAGUGGCGAAGAAUGGGCAAAUCGUAUAUGUUUUCGAUGAUCUUCAAACCACUGCAGGUGAGACUGGUCGCGGCGAGGUGCCGGACAUCUUGGAGGAGGAGGAGAUUCCGUUUUCCUACGCAGAUCGUGACCAGCUUACGUUGGUGUGCCUGCUAGGGGUGGCCAACUUGGUGGGUGCUGCUUACUUGGGUGCAGCGUUUGCUGAUGUGGGCGCUGAGAAAUUGAUAGGUUUUCUGGGUGCUGUGAAGACUUUCUAUCCAGCGUUGCUCUCAUAUGCAGUGGGUUUCUUUGCUGCUCCUGCUAUCCGAUUCUUUAAUUUGAAAAGAAUCAACAGUGAAGUACGGGCGAGGAACCAGUAUCGACGCCAGUGGUGGGAGAUGCUUCGUAGUGGGGCUGUCGAUGGCAAGUUGGCAGAGGCGAGAAAAUACCGGCAAAACGUGCGCGAGAUUAGCUCCGGUGAUGCCGUUUAUAGCACAGCGCAGGACGUUGCGCCACAGCGCUCUGACAGCGAUCUGGAGGAUUUUGAUCGGCGCCUCCGGGGCUGAGAUCCGUGGCGUGGUGAAGCAUUUAGCAUUCUUUUUGAGCACAUACCAUUGGAGGAUUUGUUUCAAGGAUAUAGAGCCGUUCUUGAAACUCUCGUUUAGGGGCACUGAGCAAGAGGAAAGAUGGCGAGAUUGUCCGGAUGCCGCAGGUAACAACCGAUUCAGGACUCCCGGCAGGUGUGCGCUGUAGAGUUUUCGUUAUUUUUGGUGCCGUGCAACGCUAUUCAAUCGCGUACCAUUAUCAAAAUCGUCUCUAGUACUAGAUGUGCUGUAGCACUAGAGUACACAAUCUCCAUCCUGGAAAGUCCAACUUUCCUCAGCAUCCCGAAACGGUGCAUGCUUAUGCCACAAUAUGCUACAAUGGUACCAGUGGCAGGAAUUGUUUGAAAGGAGUGCCCGGAAUGACCCCGCCCGCUUUGCCGCAGGACGGUUGCAAUGCUGUGUGGUUUUUACCCGGACAGCUGGACAGCCAAUCAAAUGGUUUGAGCUAAUUGCUCAAACUUGUUGAGGUACAGCCAUGGACAGAGUCAAAUGUAACAAGAAGCUACUAGUAGCACCUCUUUGUGUAAUCGUUUUGCCUGCCAAAAGUGCAGCCUCACUGGGAUCUUCGUGGCGUCGCUUUGAGGGGUCCUUAUCAGCCUUAGGUUUUGAGAGUUGCAAUUCACAUCGGAC